AUCUAUCUAUCUAUCUAUCUAUCUAUCUAUCUAUCUAUCUAUCUAUCUAUCUAUCUAUCUAUCUAUCUAUCCUUCUGUCCGUUCAAAAUGUAUUCGCUAAUCUGUCAUGCCAGCAAACCGUAUGUCUCGGCAGCUAUCGAAAAUGAGGCGAAUGGAACGCGACAACCACAGAGGCCGCACCCACUCACACGUUUCCACAGAAAACUACACCAUCCCAAAUGCAACAGUAAAGUUUGCGCGUGCGUAGUCGAGUCUUUGGUGGGAUCAGUGUGGCGGGGGAACACAGAAAUGCCGUUUUUUAGUAGAUAGACACGCCCAUUUUGAUCUACGUGCUAAAUGCGAACCUAAACUAUAGGGGGGUCGAACGACCAGAAUUCCGAUAGAUCAACAAUGUCGCUACAUUAUCCUACAUUCGGUUGCGUAAAUUAUUAUUUUGUUUUCACUCGUUUUUAAUAACGUCACGGGAACUGAGUUCCUUCAUCGUCAAACAAUAUAUUUAGACACAUUCUUUUAGCUUUUACAAUAUUUGCUUAUUGAUAGUACAAGGUUUGACAUUAACAAAACAAUAACGUUUAUGAAAAUGGAUUGAGGAGUAGUCAAGUUACGACUUAAUCUUAGUGUCCACGCAUUGCCUUCUCUGGGAACGUCGACCUCCCCAACAUAGCCGCUAUAUAGGAACGUGGGUUAAAGAGGGGUCUUUCAUUGCGCUGGCGUAUCUAUCCUAUAAUAUCUAUGAGGGUCCGAGGACAUUUAGCUUGAAGCGGUUCGCGGAAUCCGACGUAACGCCGUUAUUUCGUUUGUGGGGUUUUUUUUUUUUUUUUGUAUGUGUGCGGCGUUUUCCGUGCUGUCCACCGGAAUGAAUAAACGCGGGAGGAAAAAAACAAUAGUUCGCGAUAAGGUGGAUAUGUCACUAGAUGACAUUAUUCGUUUGAAUAAAAAAGAGAAACAUACAAACGUAAAACGGCCGAAUCAACAAGCAGUCCGGCGAAGGACUCGUUUAACUCAAGGACAGAUGAAAGCUUGGUCGAGAAACCCCGAUGGUAAAUCAAAGUUUUGCCUGUUGCCUCGUCGACACAUUAACAUUAAAAAUGGUGUGUUUGUAGGAGGAGCGGCUAAACCGAGAAUGCGUGUCAUGCCGGGUGUGCGACGAGGUCAGGGGGUAGUCACCGGUCUGGCAGCCAGGAAGAACGCACACCUCCUCAGGCGACCUGUCCAGAGAACAAAGCAGAAGCCACCCCCUUUCCUUCAACGCACUCUGCGCGUUGAAGGAAAGAUCAGAGAUUUGGCUUUGUACAGAAAUACUGACGUCCCUAAGAAGGACCCCAGUGGAGUGCCAAUCAACAGACCAUUUCAGUUGCAACAACGACCUCUUCCUCCAGUGCACCAGAGGGACGCACGCCAGGCCACGUUUCUUUAUCACAGAGGACUCAAGGUUCAAGCUACGGUGCAGAAGACAAAUCCCAUCAGAACUCACCUGUGGCUGGCGUCAACGACUAGCGCGGGAAUCUUGACCGUCUCAAUAGACAACCCCACAGCCAUGACUCAGCCCGAGCCUCCUUCAGCUUGGACUCUGCACCCCACGACCGCUCACUUGGCCAGAAGUAACGUGGAAACGACAGAGCAGAAAAUACCAAAAGGAGUGCCAUUACAAUUCGACAUCAACAGUGUUGGGAAACCAAACACGUCGAUGACCUUGAAUGAAAGAUUCCGAAUCCUAAAAGACCAACGUGUGCAAAAAAGUAAAGGCAGCAGAUUUGUCGUGGUGGACUAGUCCUCAGGAAGAGCUACAGACAGUAAAUAGAGCUUGUGCACGUGACCUCACCAUUUUCAUGGCGCCAUAUUGCCGGUCAAACAGAGCGACUCCACACUGUGGGAGACAUUGAACCAGAGGAGAAUAUUUACAAUACCCGAGACCUGUUGUGCUGUUGGUUGUCACAACAGACGAGACUGAUAUUCAAAGAGGUCUUUCUAUAGAAUACCAUCUGAAAAGACCAUAAAAUAUUGAUGGAUUUUGGCAAUUAAACGUGACGGAUGGUCCCAGCCAAAUACACACGACUGUGUUGCAAUCACUUCAUUUCAGGUAGGAAUUAUUCUUAAUCUCAAAUUACAAGGUAUUUAUAAUGCCAAAUUGACUCAUUUGAGAACAAUGCAUAUUUAAAAAAAGAAAAUAAACCAUCUGUCACAGAGAGGUUUACCGAAGUUUAACAUGUGGCCGCAACACGCCUCUGUGUACGGAGGAGCCUACUCGCUGUCUUUUUUUUUUUCCAAUCAGAGUUGAAGAAUGUUAGUUUGUGUAAAAUAAGGGGUCAUUUAUUUAAAUUUUGGUAUUUGUAUUGAAAAAAUCUGAGUGGGUCCAUCACUAUGUGAGAUUUAUUCUUGAAUGAGAACAGCUCCAGCAACAAAGUAUUUGUAUGCGUCCAGACUUUUUCUAAGCUUUCAAACUCUUCCGUGUAAAUCUUGACGACUUACUCACCAGAUACAUGUGUAUAUCCAGUUGUCCAAGACAAGCGGAAGCUGGUUAACAGUCCAAUUACUUAUCGGCGAAAACAUCGACUUCAGUAUUAAAUGUGGGUCCUCUAUGCCAAGUGUCUCUCUUUUUUCCACGUACCUCUGUUUAUUAUCACCUUCUCAAUGUUUAAUGGUAUCGGGCAAAACUCUGGGCGUCGUGCUAUAAGACGUAUUUUUGUGUCUUCUCCAACCGAAUUAGUAUUGAACAAUGCUUUGCUUGACCGGCAAUAUGGCUUCGGUGACGUUAGGUGCAUGAGCUCUGAACGAGAGUGGACAUUUUUUCCCCCCAGUAGGGGGUUGUGAGUGUCACCUGAGGCAAAAACACAACAGUGUGGACAGCCACUGACUUUUUCUAUUGUUCUAUACAGUACUUGGCUUUUUGUUGUAUCUGCACUUUUAUUGUUGCCGCUGUAAGAACCCCAAGGAUUUUUGUAGUUGUCAUUUUUAUUCAAUUAAAGGAUAUUCUUCCUUUGUCGUCA